UCGCGCUGCAUGUUUUUUAAAUUCACAUCACCGACCACCAGACGUCGUUUCCUUUUGCCUGGGAGAUGAUGGACAGCAGGAUACUGGAUCCACCUCAUGCCCAGUUCGGAGGCUCCCUCGGUGGGAUGGUGAGCUUUCCUUACCAUCUCAGCCACCAUCAUAUGUACGAAUUAGCCGGUCAUCAACUUCAAUCUACGGCCGCGGUUCCUUUCUCAAUAGACGGAUUACUUAACGGCUCGUGCACAGCGUCUGUGGUUAACUCGAACCCCCUCUUGUCGGCUGGCUGCGGCAUGAAUGGAGAUAACCAACACUACAAACUGACAGAUUCGGGGGAUCCAGAAAAGGAUAGUCCGGGUUGUAAAAGAAGACGAACUCGUACCAAUUUCACAGGCUGGCAGCUGGAAGAAUUAGAGAAGGCUUUUAAUGAAAGUCACUAUCCAGAUGUGUUCAUGAGGGAAGCACUUGCUCUGAGAUUGGAUUUGAUAGAAUCAAGAGUCCAGGUAUGGUUUCAAAAUCGUAGAGCAAAAUGGAGAAAAAAGGAGAACACUAAAAAGGGACCGGGGCGACCUGCACACAACUCCCAUCCGACGACCUGCAGUGGCGAGCCCAUGGACCCGGAGGAAAUUGCACGCAGAGAACUGGAGAGGAUGGAAAAAAAGAAAAGGAAACAAGAAAGACGGCUUUUAAAAUCCCAGAAUAAACUCAUGUCGGGGGAUUUAUUUCACACCCCAGGAUCUGACAGUGACAGUGGCUUGUCACAAAUAACGGACAGCGAGCAAAAUAUCCAUUUCAACCAAACGCAACCAAGCUGUGACCAAACACCGCAGAAACUCCAGGACCAAAGAGACACAGACCAAGACGCACGUGGAUCCGAGCUGGACUCAUCCGAAAGCGGUCAGCAGUCAAAUUUGUGCUCCAGUAGUAGGUCUUCCGCUCUUCAAAAACCCAGUCCCUUUAGCGUGGAAAGCCUUCUAUCGGACUCCAGGCCUCGGCGCAAGUCGCCAAUGGACUUCCCAGUACCCACUCCACGGCCUUUGAUAGGGAAAGGACAUUUUUUACUUUACCCUAUAACGCAACCUCUAGGUUUCAUUGUUCAACAGACUGCUUUGAAGACAACGACGUCAAGCCCUGAUGGUGAAAAUGGACAGAAAGGGCCGGCCACUGAUAAUAACUUUGCUGGAAACCCAGGACACAGGAACACCAAGGAGAACAGCAUUGUAAACAGCACAGUCGCGCGUGCAAUCAAAGGCCAGGUCAGUCAGUCGGGCAACAUAACGUGUUCACCACAGAGCAGUCCACCACAGACUACAAUUAAUGGUCAUUCAUCGGGCAGCUGUAAUGAAAGAUGCCCACAAGAUAUACAGUUAGACCUCGCCGAGCCAAAAUCUCCACAAUCAGAGAAAAAGGAGCAGUCGUUACCAGACUAUCCACCACAAAAUUCAGAAUCAGCGACAACCAGCAAGGACACCGACAAAGACUCAGUUGAUGUCGAUAUGGAAUAAAUUUAAUUAUAGUAGAAAACGAGGAGCGUGUCGAUAUGGGCACGACACUCCUCCAAAGAUUAACCGAAGAGGAAAAAAUGUCGACAUAUCGAAACGUAUCGUUUUCAUUGAAAUAUUUAUAUUCUGAUUAGGAGAAAUGUCUGUGUGAAUAAUUUGUAUAUGUGUGGUGGGCUAUCAAAUGUUUAUUGAACAAAUAGCAUCAGCAGCUCCCUGUAUAACAAACUGUAAAAAAAGAGACAAGA